AUGGACCGGCGUAAAAGGUCGAGAACUCACUCAACGCAGCCGCAAGCGGCAACGAGACCGCCGCCUCUGCUCAGCGUCCCCGGCGAGAUCCGCAACGAGAUCUACGAGUACCUCGUCGUGCUCACAACUCCGGUCUGCAUCUUCCGCGAGAAACAGAAGGCGGGCGGCUCGGAUGCCGACCGUGAGCCGGCCCCGCUCGCCUCCGUCCUCGUCCCGCUCUUCCUGACCUGCCGCCGGCUGCACCUGGAAGCCAGCGCCGUCUUCUACUCGCGCAACUCGUUCGCCCUGCCCGCCAUCGCCUCCCAGGCCCCGUACCAGAUCCAGACCAACCUGCUCUUCCGCUUCUUCCUCGACCGCAUCGGCCCCCGCAACGCCGCCCUGCUCCGCCACCUGGCCGUGCCCUUCCCCGCCUUCGACGGCCCCGGCGCUGCCGCCGGUCCCGCCACCGCCUCAGCGUCGCUGCUGAUCCAAGCGCUGAGCGCCCGCUGCCCCAACCUCGAGACCCUCGAGCUCGACCUGCGCUGGGACAGCAGCCGCUGGCUGCGGCUGCUGCGCCCGCACACGGCGACCGUGCGCGCGCUGCUGGCCCCGCUGCACGACGCGCUGCGCGCCGCGUUCCCCGCGCUGAGCCGCGUGCGCGUGCGCCUUGCCGGCGGGGAGCGCGCGUGGAGUUUUCUUGCGUGGCAGGAUGCUACGCAGGCGGAGGUGGUGAGGAUUUCUGCGGCCGGGUGGGAGUGGGUGAGGGGCGCGCUGGAGGGUGGGGUGGGGUGGGAGGUGGUGCUCGACGACGACGACGACAAGGAGGAGGAGGAGGAGGAGGAGGCCGGGGAGGGGCAGCGUGCGACUGCCGGCGGCGGCGGCGGCGAGGAAGGGCACGACGGUGCUGCCGGGGACGGCUCGGGCUGGACGGCCCUGUGGCACCCGCCCAGCCCGCGGCAUGCGGUCUGGCUGCUCUACGCACCGCCGGCGAUGGUUGUGCGGUCCGAGAUCCACGACCAGUGGACAUUGCUGGAAGUCAUUAAGUUCAGGCUCUACUACGCGCGCGCGUGGCUCAGGUCGCCCAACCAGGCCGCGCAGGACAGGAACGAGGCGGACGAGUGGAGGGAGUGGCGGCGCACUAUGAUCGCGAAGGCCGGGCCUAUCCGCGUGCCCUUGUAUUGCACGCGAGCUGGAGCUCCGCCCGUGCAUACCGGGAGGUGGAGGCGGAGGAGAGCUCUGAGCUGGCUUUCUGGUGUUCUUUGA